AUGGGAAGCGUGACACCGGCAGACAUCCAAGGUACUUCGCAGACCUUCGAUGUUAUCGUCGUGGGAGGCGGCAACGCUGCCCUUGCAGCAGCAAUUUCAGCACACGACAAUGGUGCUCGUGUGCUUGUUCUAGAAGCCGCUCCAAAGGAGGACCGCGCGGGAAACAGUCGCUUUGCAGGCACAGUGUUUCGGGCUUCACACAAGGGUAUGGAGCAUGUCAAGAGCUUGCUUUGUGAAGAGGCCCUAGACGACACCAAGUACUGCACCAUUGACCCUUACACGGACGAGAUGUUCUUCCACGAUCUCUCCAAGACUUCGCACGGCCGUCUGGACAAGGACGUUGCCGAGGUGCUCGUCAAGCAGGGGUGGGAGACCAUGGAGUGGAUGAAGUCCAAGGGCCACAAGUGGGAGUUGAUGAUUCGGAAGUAUCACAACGUCGAGAACCUGGCCGCUAGAGGCGAGAAGAUCAGUAUGAACUCCGGCGCUGUGGUCAUGGCGGUUGGCGGUGGUGUCGGCCUGACGGAUGCAUGGUGGGCGGCGGCCGAAAGUCUCGUCCCUGGCGGCAGAAUGACUGUCUGGUACGACAGCCCGGCUCACGACCUCAUCGCUACCGGAGACACAGUCCACGGCGUCAAGGUCCGACACCGCGAUGGCUUCACAGACGUGUAUGGGAAGGUGGUGCUUGCUAGUGGUGGCUUCUCAUCCAACCCAGCCAUGCGCCGCCAAUAUCUCGGCGAAGGCUGGGACCUUGUUCUCGUGCGUGGGACCAAAUACAACAUGGGCACGAUGCUCAACCGCGCCAUCGCCGCGGGCGCCCGUCCCGUUGGCCAUUGGGGCGCAGCCCACGCCUCGCCGCAGGACGCCAACGGCCCUCUGACCGGCGAUAUCAACAUCUCCGUGCACAUGCCACGGUACGCGUACCCCUACGGCAUCACUGUCAACAUCAAGGGCGAGCGAUUCUUCGACGAAGGGGAAGACGACUUCGGCAAGACGUACGCAAAAACGGGCAAGAAGAUCGGCGACCAGCCCGAGGCCCGGGCGUUCCAGAUCUUCGACCAGCAGACCGUCCACCUCCUGCCUAAGCGAUACCAGACCGCGACGCCCAUUUACGCAGACACGAUCCAGGAGCUCGGGGAGAAGAUGGGUAUCAACGCCGCGGGCCUGCUCAGGACCAUCGAGACCUUCAACGCCGCCUGCUCCGACGACGUCAGCCAAUUCAACCCCACGAAGCUGGACGGGCUGCGCACGUCCCCCGCGGCGAACCUGCCAUUUCCCAAGACGAACUGGGCCACGAGGAUCGAGAAGGCCCCCUUUGUCGCCUACGCGGUGGCCUGUGGCAUCACCUUCACAUAUGGCGGAAUCGCGACAGACACUGAAGCCCGUGUCUUGAACAACGAGGGACGACCCAUGCCUAAUCUGUGGGCCACAGGAGAGAUCGCUGGCGGGCUCUUCUAUCACAAUUACCCUGGCGGAGCCGGGUUGACCAAAGGUGCUGUCUUUGGCCGUAUCGCGGGUCGUGAGGCUGCAGCCGCCGCUCUGGGGAAGUCAAAUGCCGUCAAGUCAAAUGGCUCAUGA